AUGGUUACCUUUUCAUGCAUCUUGGAUGUUAAAAGGAAACCUUCUUCGCAAACUCCGCGCAUAAUUUCCGCCAUUCUUCAUGGUAAAGCCACGCUGAUACAAAGUUAUAGAGCGGUGAAUCUUUAUCGCUUUGAACAUGUAAAUGACAAGGACGACGCUAUGGUGGUUAUAGCAGAGGAGUGGCCCUUUGGAAGACGAAAAGUUCCGCCAGAGAAACUAAGUAUCAGUGAACAGGCAGGUAAAUAUUUUGAAGUUGUUUGCGCUUAUAAGACAAGCAGUGACUGUAUCACCAGGGAUUCUAAGAAGAAAUAA